UUAGGUGGCCUAAACAUGAGAAUGUUUCCUGCACUUUUAGGGCCCAAACAUGAGAAUGUUUCCUGCACUCUUAGGGCCCAAACAUGAGAAUAUUUCCUGCAUUCUUAGGGCCCAAACAUGAGAAUAUUUCCUGCACUCUUAGGUGGCCUAAACAUGAGAAUGUUUCCUGCACUUUUAGGGCCCAAACAUGAGAAUGUUUCCUGCACUUUUAGGGUCCAAACAUGAGAAUAUUUCCUGCAUUCUUAGGGCCCAAACAUGAGAAUGUUUCCUGCACUCUUAGGGCCCAAACAUGAGGUAUGUGAUGCACACUAGAACAUAUCAUCUGGAUCCUCACAGUAUUAAGAUAAGCAGCAUAUCUGAUGUAUUAGUGGUCAUAGUUGACAGCAAUUGUAUUGCAGGUGUACCUAAUGAUGUGGCUCGUGGGCGUUGUGAUGACGUCACAGCUGAGGAUGGUCUCAGGGAGAGGCGGCGUCUGUCUGACGCUGAUAAGGUGGAGAUCCCCGGACGCGGCUUCCCACGCAGGAACUCGUACGGCCUGCAGAAGAUCAGCAUGGACGUGGGCGUCCUCUCCAAGGCGCAGUCCUGGUCCACAGAGAACAUCCUCAGCCUGCCAGAGUCCCGGGCCGAGGACCAGGACCAGGACCAGGACCAGGACGCCGGGAAGUGGGAGCCGACGACACCCAGGUCCAGCUCGGACUCUGACAACGACCUGGUCCGCGGCAAAGGGGUGUCCUCUCCCGUGGACCCCCGCUGGGAGGAGGACGUGGAGACCAAGGCCGUGGACCCCCGCUGGGAGGAGGACGUGGAGACCAAGGCCGUGGACCCCCGCUGGGAGGAGGACGUGGAGACCAAGGCCGUGAACCCCCGCUGGGAGGAGGAUGUGGAGACCAAGGCCGUGGACCCCCGCUGGGAGGAGGAGAAGGAGGACGUGGAGACCAAGGCCGUGGCCACGUCGCCCGACGGGAGAUACCUCAAGUUCAACAUCGAGAUCGGGAGGGGGUCCUUCAAGAACGUCUACAAGGGUCUGGACACAGAGACCACCGUGGAGGUGGCCUGGUGUGAGCUGCAGACCCGCAAGCUGACCAAGGCGGAGCGGCAGCGUUUCAGCGAGGAGGUGGAGAUGCUGAAGGGCCUCCAGCAUCCCAACAUCGUCCGCUUCCACGACUCGUGGAAGUCCUCGCUGAAAGGCCAGAAGUGCAUCCUGCUGGUGACGGAGCUCAUGACGUCCGGCACACUCAAAACCUACUUGAAGCGGUUCAAGGAGAUGAAGCUGAAGCUGCUGCAGCGAUGGAGUCAUCAGAUCCUCAAGGGGCUCCACUUCCUGCACACGCGCACGCCGCCCAUCAUCCACCGCGACCUCAAGUGCGACAACAUCUUCAUCACCGGGCCCACCGGCUCCGUUAAGAUCGGGGACUUGGGGCUCGCCACGCUGAAAAGUGCCUCCUUCGCUAAAAGUGUCAUCGGGACCCCGGAGUUCAUGGCCCCAGAGAUGUACGAGGAGAAGUACGACGAGGCGGUGGACGUCUACGCCUUUGGUAUGUGCAUCCUGGAGAUGGCGACCUCCGAGUACCCGUACUCCGAGUGCCAGAACGCCGCACAGAUCUACCGCAAAGUCACCAGCGGCAUCAAACCCGACAGCUUCUACAAGGUGAAGGUGGUGGAACUGAAGGAGAUCAUUGAAGGCUGCAUCCGCAUGAACAAAAGAGAAAGGUACACCAUCCAGGACCUGCUGGAGCACCCCUUCUUCCAGGAGAACACGGGUGUGCAUGUGGAGCUGGCCGAGGAGGACCACGGCGCCAAGUCGGCUCUGAAGUUGUGGCUGCGCAUGGACGACAGCAAGAAGCUGCACGGCAAGUACAAGGACAACAACGCCAUCGAGUUCCUCUUCGAGCUCUACAAGGACGUCCCAGAGGAGGUGGCGCAGGAGAUGGUGGUGCUGGGCUUCGUGUGCGAGGCCGACUUCAAGCUGGUGGCCAAGGCCAUACGGGAGCGGGUGACGGCCAUCAAGCGUCAGAGGGACAAGCUGCGGCGUCAGGCGGAGGAGGAGCAGAGGAGGAAGCGGGAGGCCAUCGAGGAGGAGGAGCCCGAGCCCCCGCCCGCCACCCCGCCCCCGCCGGCGGGCCGCAUGCCGUCACCCGUCACCAGCUCGGCAGACUCGGGCGUGGGCUCCAGCUGCCUCGCCGAGCCCGAGGAGCCGGAGGCGGACCAGCACUUCCACGUCCGCCACCACAGUCUGUCCUCCGCCAACUCUGACUGCGAGACGGACGGCGAUCUGAGCUCCUCCGGCCUUCUGGACACCCUGGAGGCCACGCCCCCUGCCUCCUACGCCCACUCGCCCACCGCCAACGGCCUCCCCAUCCCGGCCCUCCGAUUCCCUUCGAGUAUCGCCGUGUCCAGCAACAAGCCGGGGUCUCCAAGUGGCUUCAGCUCGCCCGUGGACAGCUACGCCUCCGACGUGACUUCAGGCCUGAGUGACGGCUACGAGGGCGUGUCGGACAAAAGCGAGAGACCGGCCGCCAAGCGAAGCGCCGCCAAGCUCUUCCGGCGACGCGUGCGCUCCCGGCUGCGCAUCACCGGGCUGUCCGACAAGGUGGACCGGGUGGUAGAGUGUCAGCUGCAGACGCACAACGACAAGAUGGUGACCUUCAAGUUCGACCUGGACGGAGACAACCCGGAGGACAUUGCCACAGUUAUGGUGCACAACGAGUUCAUCCUGCCCUCGGAGAAGGAAGGCUUCGUGUGCCGCAUGGGUGACAUCAUCAGGCGGGCCGAGGCCCUCAUGGCCCAGGAGCAGGCGGUGCACCCCAGUGGGCAGUGGCCCCCCCAGCCUGCCUUCCACAGCGGGGCCAACACGAUGUCCUCCUCCCAGCCUAACCUGCACAGUCACAUCCUGCCAAGAACCAACUCGUCCUCCUCGCUGCCAGACAACCCCAAUGUGGCACACCACUCUCCUGCCUUCACCACAGACUCUCCUGCCUUCACCACAGACUCUCCUGCCUUCACCUCAGACUCUCCUGCCUUCACCUCAGACGUGACUUCAGUCGGGCGACCUCUUGUACGCUCGCAGUCUUUCCACAAUGCUCCAGGGUCUCCUCUUGUCUACCAGCCCCCUGCCCACCUCCUGCCGCACCACCCGCACUACCACUUACCCUUCAUAGCCAACGCCCACUUCCCCUUCCAGUACCCGGGUUCUCCGGGUUCCCCGAGACUAGCGGGCCUCCACGCCCCCCUGACCCGGGUGUCCAGCAGCCCCACCUUCCCGUCGGCUCCCGACCCGGCACCGGGCUCGCCGAAGCUCCUCACCGACCCCCGCGGCGGCAGCGAGAGCCCACCUGUGCCCCGCCACCCCGGCAUGUGGCCCCCCGCCAGCCAGCCCCUCUUUUCCUUGGCCAAUGUCAUCUCCAUGGCGAUGAGCAUGGCACACUCUUUCAUCCCGCCCUCCGGCGUGCCCGCCCAGGGGAUGCCCUCCUCCUACGCGGGCUUCCAGCCGGAGCACUACCCGUACUACCAGACCCCCCCGCAGGAAGUGCCUUACCCACCGGCCCAGAAUGUGGAGAACACGCCCCCGAUGGACGGACUCUCUCCGGGCUGGACCUCCACUCCUCUGCAGACCUCCACCCCCUCCAAACUGCCUGAUGAUCUUCUCGGACCUUUCCUAGACCUGGUUCCGGUCCCAUCCCAAGUGUCCGGUUUAACGUCCUCGUCAGAUCUUUCGCCCUCGCCCACCGACAGCCCAGAGAGCACGCUGUCGCCCAUCAGCAGUCUGAAGCAUGGCGCUCUGGCAGAAGUGAGAACGCCACAAGGGUCACCGCCUGCUGGACGGUCGGCAGCUGCGGUGACAGUCGGACGCUUCCAAGUCACGCCCAGCACAGACUUUCUCGCCUCGGCCUCGCCAGACUCACACGGACACGUGGCCAGCGAGGAGCCCGGGUCCGAGACCCGUCCUCAGCCGCACCCCCACAGAGACCUGCUGCAGGACCUGGACAAGGACGAGGACGAGGACGAGGACGAGGACGAGGACGAGGACGAGGACGAUAAGGCGGUGGAGGAGCGUCCGAGAGCCAGGAGGCGUGGCCAAAGGAGGCGAGCGCACAGCCUCAGCCUGAUGGCGGACGGCGGUCUGUGGGACGGAGCGGCCGGCAGUCCUCCGCCCAACACCGCCCUGCACCACCUGUGGAUGAUGAGCUGCAGCGCCACCUACCUGAGCAGCGACGACUCUGACAGCGACAUGACGGAGGAGCUGCAGGAGCUGCGAGACAAGCACCAGUCGGAGGUCCAGGCCCUGCAGGCGUGCCAGAAGCGGGAGAUGGAGGACCUGUAUCACAAGAUGGGCAAGGUGCCCCCGCCGGCCAUCGUGGCCCCCGCCGCCAUCUUGUCCAGCCGCCAGCGCCGUCUGUCCAAGGGGGCGGGGCCUGUCCUCCCCCCGUCACGCAGGAACAGCCUGCAGCGCUCUGACAUCAUAACGCUCCAAGGCAUCAUCAGAAGGAACUCUCUGGGUGAAAGUAGCAGCGGCUCACAGGAAAAAGCCAGCAAAGGUGUGACGUUCGCCUCGGACAAGAGUCGACUGUAAGAGCGUCUCAGCACACCUGGACUACCUCACCUGAAGCCAAGGUCACUUCAAUCCUUCACCGCAGACAACAAGGACUACACCAAAAAAAUCUAAUAUUUGAGGCAGAAUCCAGAAGAGAGAAACUUUUUAACGAGGUUCAAUUCAUUUCCCUCCCAAUCAGUGAGACGAUACGACGAUCGUCGAUAUUUGCUGAUAUCGGCCGUCCUCUGCCUUUAUUUCACGGCUGAAGAAGAACAAUUCUUUAGAAGAUGGAGAUCCACAAAAUAACUUUUAUUCCCUUUCGCUCUGUUUGAAUAAGAAUGACAUAAUGACUUUGUGCUCUCUGAUUGGCUGGAAGAGGUCACAUGACUUUGUGCUCUCUGAUUGGCUGGAAGAGGUCACAUGACUUUGUGCUCUCUGAUUGGCUGGGAGUGGUCACAUGACUUUGUGCUCUCUGAUUGGCUGGAAGAGGUCACAUGACUUUGUGCUCUCUGAUUGGCUGGAAGAGGUCACAUGACUUUGUGCUCUCUGAUUGGCUGGAAGAGGUCACAUGACUUUGUGCUCUCUGAUUGGCUGGAAGAGGUCACAUGCUUCUUCCACCCACAGAAUAGCUGCUGGCUUGUAUAAAAGAUGACACUUUGUGCAAUAUUCUCCAAGAAAUGAAGGGAAAUGUGAGAAAAAUGAUGCAAUAAUGAGUCCGAUAAUAAUCAUUAUUCAUGUUUAUAAAGUAGUCGCGUGCUUUUUUUGUUCAUGUUUAUAAAGUAGUCGCGUGCUUUUUUUUGGAUGGUUUACAGCAGCUGAGUUUUGGUGCUUCAGGAUACACUCUAUGUCUCUCGGAUUAACACUCUUUAUGCAAACAAACAACAAUUUUACAAACAACAACAACAACAGCAAAAUGAUUUUACUUUCUUUUUUUUAGUAAAAAAAAAUAAAUAAAUAAAAAUAAGUAUUUUUGUUACAAAAAAAAAAAAAGGUUCAAAAAAUGUUUUGAGGUUGCACAAUUUUUAGGGGGAUGACAAAUAAUUAUUUUGUUUACAUUGUUUUAGUAGUAAAUCUUUGAAAACAUAUAUAUAUAUAUAUAUAUAUAUACACAUAUAUAUAUAUAUAUCCAUCCAUUUUCGACCGC